UUGCCCGGCAGAGGGCACUGCGGUACCAGCAGGACUGUCCCCUGUCUAGACAUGAUGAGACACGGAUCGAUUUCACACACACCCCCACCCCCCGGCUUUUCAUUCGUGAGGCCACCUGCCCCCUCGCAGAGGCGGCUAGGAAACCCUGAAGGCAGCUACGACCAAACAGAAAGGAGGGGGGUUGGUAAAUUGGCAGAGGGAGGCGCUCACCACCCCAGCUCCAGCGUAAGCACGGCUUGCCUGCUUUUAAAUCUCCGGCCCUCAGGAGAGCCAGCGUUGGUUGGUAGCUGCAAGAAAAGGAGAAAGCGAACAACUCGUGGGACUGGACAGAUAGGAGCGAGGAAGGUCCUCCCGGCAGAGGAGGAGCAGAGACCCCGAGAGGAUGUUAAUAAUCCGGUUCUCGCUGGUUACGAUGGCUUUAGUAUUCAAAGGGGCCACUGGCGUGUCGGUGACGCAGACGAAAGGCCCCGUGAGUGUGUCCGAGGGGGAAGGUUUGAGGCUCAGUUGUAGCUAUGAUGCCGCAGUGUAUGCUGUCUUCUGGUACGUGCACCUCCCCAGCCAGCCCCCCCGGCUCCUCCUGAGGGACCUGGGACGGGACGACUCGGAUGAAGGGAUCAGAAAAGGGUUCGAUGCCACCCACGAUAAAAAGAACAAAUCCUUCCAGCUGUGGAAACCGUCCAGCGAACUGAGCGACUCCGCGACCUAUUACUGCGCCGCGAGCGACACAGUGACACGGAGCGGCCGGGGAGCUGCGCAAAAACCGCGCAGGGUCUGUGCGGAGCAUCGUGGCGCAGUGGCCCCGGGCAGAGCCGAGAUCCAGCAGCCGGGCUCCGCAGAAGCUUUGGAAGGAGCCGAACUGAACCUGACCUGCUCCCAGCCCUCCACCGAGGCGGGUGACAGCACAGUCUGGUACCGGCAGCUCCCGAACCCGGGACCCCAGUUUGCAGUUACCGGUUAUAAGGAAACUGUUAAUAGCCCCGAGCCGGCGGGCGCCCUGCACAUCUCCGCCGAGAGAGAGCCCAGCCCCCUGGCCCUGAGCCCUGUGAGGAGGGGAGACGCUGCGGUGUAUUUCUGUGCUCGGAGGGACACAGUGGGACAUCCAGCGGCUGCUCCCUUCUGGUGUGAGCAGAUGGCGCCCCGGGCAGAGCCGAGAUCCGGCAGCCGCGCUCCGCAGAAGCUUUGGAGGGAGCUGAACUGAACCUCACCUGCUCUCACGGUUCCGUCACAACUGAAACUAUAGUUUGGUACCGGUAGUUCGCGAGCCGAGGGCCCCAGUAUAUAGUCUCGGGAUACCAGGGAAUCGUUAACAGCAUCGACCCAGAGGGAGCUUUGCAC